UCUUCCUUAUGUGCCCUCCCUGAAUAUGGCAUUUUGAAAGCCCAGUGUUGCCCAGGGGCCAUCUCCUUUGGGUUUAUGAGAGACCUGCAUUCUCCCUGGCUCAGUUCUCUCAGGCUCUCCAGAGCUCAGGACCUCUGAGAAGAAUGGAGCCCUCCUGGCUUCAGGAACUCAUGGCACACCCCUUCUUGCUGCUGAUCCUCCUCUGCAUGUCUCUGCUGCUGUUUCAGGUAAUCAGGUUGUACCAGAGGAAGAGAUGGAUGAUCAGAGCCCUGCACCUGUUUCCUGCACCCCCUGCCCACUGGUUCUAUGGCCAUAAGGAGUUUUACCCAGUAAAGGAGUUUGAGGUGUAUCAUAAGCUGAUGGAAAAAUACCCAUGUGCCGUUCCCUUGUGGGUUGGACCCUUUACGAUGUUCUUCAGUGUCCAUGACCCAGACUAUGCCAAGAUUCUCCUGAAAAGACAAGAUCCCAAAAGCGCUGUUAGCCACAAAAUCCUUGAAUCCUGGGUUGGUCGAGGACUUGUGACCCUGGAUGGUUCUAAAUGGAAAAAGCACCGCCAGAUUGUGAAACCUGGCUUCAACAUCAGCAUUCUGAAAAUAUUCAUCACCAUGAUGUCUGAGAGUGUUCGGAUGAUGCUGAACAAAUGGGAGGAACACAUUGCCCAAAACUCAUGUCUGGAGCUCUUUCAACAUGUCUCCCUGAUGACGCUGGACAGCAUCAUGAAGUGUGCCUUCAGCCACCAGAGCAGCAUCCAGUUGGACAGUACCCUGGACUCAUACCUGAAAGCAGUGUUCAACCUUAGCAAAAUCUCCUACCAGCGCGUGAACAAUUUUCUACAUCACAACGACCUGGUUUUCAAAUUCAGCUCUCAAGGCCCAAUCUUUUCUAAAUUUAACCAAGAGCUUCAUCAGUUCACAGUGCUUCUAGUCUUAAGAUCUACUCUAUCUGAUACUAGUAUGAUAACUCUGCUUUCCUUUGAGAAAGUAAUCCAGGACCGGAAGGAGUCUCUUAAGGAUAAGCUAAAACAAGAUACUACUCAGAAAAGACGCCGGGAUUUUCUGGACAUACUUUUGAGUGCCAAAAGCGAAAACACCAAAGACUUCUCUGAAGCAGAUCUCCAGGCUGAAGUGAAAACGUUCAUGUUUGCAGGACAUGACACCACAUCCAGUGCUAUCUCCUGGAUCCUUUACUGCUUGGCAAAGUACCCUGAGCAUCAGCAGAGAUGCCGAGAUGAAAUCAGGGAACUCCUAGGGGAUGGGUCUUCUAUUACCUGGGAACACCUGAGCCAGAUGCCUUACACCACGAUGUGCAUCAAGGAAUGCCUCCGCCUCUACGCACCGGUAGUAAACAUAUCCCGGCUACUCGACAAACCCAUUACCUUUCCAGAUGGACGCUCCUUACCUGCAGGAAUAACUGUGUUUAUCAAUAUUUGGGCUCUUCACCACAACCCCUAUUUCUGGGAAGACCCUCAGGUCUUUAACCCCUUGAGAUUCUCCAGGGAAAAUUCUGAAAAAAUACAUCCCUAUGCCUUCAUACCAUUCUCAGCUGGAUUAAGGAACUGCAUUGGGCAGCAUUUUGCCAUAAUUGAGUGUAAAGUGGCAGUGGCAUUAACUCUGCUCCGCUUCGAGCUGGCUCCAGACUACUCAAGGCCUCCCCAGCCUGUUCGUCAAGUUGUCCUCAAGUCCAAGAAUGGAAUACAUGUGUUUGCAAAAAAAGUUUGCUAAUUUUAAGUCCUUUCAUAUAAGAAUUAAUGAGACAAUUUUCCUACCAAAGGAAGAACAAAAGGAUAAAUAUAAUACAAAAUAUAUCUCUAUGGUUGUUUGACAAAUUAUAUAACUUUGGAUACUUCUGACUGGUUUUGACAUUUAUUAACAGUAAUUUUAAUUUCUUUGCUGCAUCUGGUGAAACCCACAAAAACACCUGAAAAAACUCAAGCUGACUUCCACUGCAAAGGGAAAUUAUUGGCUCGUGUAACUAGUGGUAGAGUGGCUUUCAAGCAUAGUUUGAUCAAGGCUCCACUCAAUAUCUGCAUUACUUUUAUCUCUGCAAAUAUCUGCAUGAUAGCUUUAUUCUCAGUUAUCUUUCCCCAUAAUAAAAAAUAUCUGCCACCUUCUGAGUCCCAUAGUCUUUCAUUAUACCCUGUAGGGAAUGGAUAAAUUGAUGACAAUGUAUCAGAAAGCCUAGACACUUAAGAGGAAUUCUGAAUACAGAAAAGCCUGAUACAUGAAUUCCCAUUUGGAAUAUUUAGAGGAUACCACGCUGUACGGAACUCUUGCUCAACAUGGAGUAACUUAGCUACUGAAUGUUUCAGCAGGGAGGGGGUCCAGAUAGAACAACCUAAUCCCCCAUGCUGGUGUGUGCUAUAAUAGAGAUACAGAAAUUCCCAUAUAUCUGCAGUGGAAAACACAGAAUCAUUAAGAGAGCCAAGAAGCAUCACAAGAGAGCCAAGAGGAAUCAUUUUUGUUGAUGUUGAUGCUAUUCCUUUCUGUUUAUUAGUUUU